AUUCAAAUCUGGUGUCUGGUCGCAACCCCAGUCGGUUUCUUAGUAAAACAGUAGAAAACGCGGAACGAUAGAAAAUCGCGCGGCAUGCGUUCACCAAUGAACUACGUAUGCUUUGCGUGUGAUGCCGCACCGGCGUGUAUAAAACACGUAAAACGCGUUACAGCACUGUCUACGGUGUGAGGUGUGUUUUCGCGGCGUCUGUACGUUCUCUGUCGUUCCCUCUCACUCCCUCUCACUAUUCCCGGGAGGUACAUAGAGCUCGCCAGUACACACUAGUAUACACGACGCAAUCAACGCAUCUCGGCUGAAAACGCUGCUUCGCGCGCGAGAGUCGGCAACGUGUCUUUGGAUCUUGGAGGUUGUGGUAUGUGUGGUAGAUACUGGACACUCGCUUAGAACCUUCCCAGCUCCCUUUCUCGCGGGAGCGUACGAAUUUUCCCGCGCACCCGUUCUUCGUUGUCUAAUCGUAACCAAGAUUUCAUGUAAAUGUCACGAGCGAGUGAGGAUAUCGUGACUGUGUCGCGUGAAAAGUUUCACACGGCUACGAGGAAUUAUGUGCAUGGAUAUUCUGCUUGAAGAGAAGAGUAAGAUGAGCGACAAGAGUGUCGACGACGACGUACAAAUUAUCGAGAUUCACAUUUACAAAGAUUUCGAUAAAGUCAUAAAACAAGAACGUCCAGAUGAAGCGGAGAUCCUUGAAUUGGCUGCCAAAAUGGUGGAAGCAAACAAGGCGAAAAUGUCAGCUAAUCUACCAGCGGUGCAGCCACAACAGAGACCGCCAUGCCUUUUACCGCAGUCUAAUCUUGGAAUUCUUGGAUAUCUUAAUAAACGGCCAGACGGAUCUGCUCCGAAAGCACCUGGUGCACCAAACAAUGUAGAAAGUAAACCAGCACCCGACGAUGAAAGCCAGAGAGGACGAUUUGGCUGGACGAGCUUCGACGAUUGUCACAUACCGUAUAUAUUUCGCUCCGGCGAAAAGUAUUGCGCUGUACGCAUUCUAGAAUCUAAGCUUCUCAACAAGUACCUGAGUUAUCUUCAUUCAGACAUAUAUAGCUGCACAUGUAUAAGAAGUUAUUACAUUACGGAGGCCGAGAGCAAACUAUUCAACGAGAUCAACGGCAAGCAUUGCGAGAAUCAAUUCGGAAGAGACGCAUUCACAUGCAAAGAUUUAGUAGUGCGUCUGUCAGAUGCCAAGGAAUUUUAUACGUUUCUCGAUGUAUGUUACACAAAACUUACCGCCGGUACCAAUCCUAACGUGGCAAGCGGACGCAAAACAGACAAGUGUGGUUUCAUACGUAUAAACAAAGAGUCGGUAGUUCCUUACACAGUAAAAGAUGGUCUACAAUACGUGCCGCUAUUUUACUUUGAGGGAGAAACUGAAAAUCUCAAGCUCAAGGCAGAGAAACUCGAAGGCUGGGACUUGUCGUAUUUGAAAUUUUGUUGUAAGGUACAGGGUAUUCGUAAUGAAUUGUUUGCCAGUGAAACUUGCUCGGUGAUCAGUUUAAGUGACAUUAAAAGUUACUUUCCGCCGGGUACCGGUUUCGAAGACUAUUGGCCAACCAAAGUUAUGGACUCGCAAUUAUUAGUGAACAGCAACGGAGGUGGUAGUGGUGGAGGGUGGACAAAACAACCACCCACACCACCGGCCACCAAGCCUACAUCUGUGAGUGCAACAAAAGUAAUACCGCCUGCUUCUCUAGGCGCUCGUGCUGCGCCACCAAUGCCUAGUAUAAUCAAUCCGCGAGGAGCUGUCGUGAAUACGGCGCCUCAGAUGCCACGAAUAGGGCAGAACAGGCCUGUAGCGACGACACAUCCUGCACAUUCUUCUCCGUCAGGACUUACUCCUGGGAGACCAAACAUAGUGUCACAACCCAUGUUGAAUACUGGUGUGGUUAAUGGUUGGUCUGGACUUGUUGGAGGUCAACCUACUUUUCAAGCUGCUCUCGGUUCUCAGGCCAAUUCCAUUAUACGUGCAAGCCUGAAUAUGCACAAUCAAUUGUCUACUUCCAAAACUUAUUCUCAGCAGUCUAGAAGUCGAACGAGCAAUAACGCGCCGUCAGCGCAAUACCCUGUAUAUCCCUCUACAACUAUGCAGGGAGUUGCUCAGGGUCAACCUCCACCACCUCUUAUACGAGCAACUGCUCAUUCCAAUCAACCCAAUCUCGGUUAUCCCACCUAUGGGAAGGAUGACUGGGUGACUACUACGUACACAACACCUACAUUAGGUGUGCCCAAUGCAGUCACGGCAAGUACAUAUCCUCAAAUGCUUGGCUUAAGCGAGCAAGUACAAGCUCUGAUGCCCGUAGCUACAUCCGCAUCAUCUUUAUUACAUCAACAAAGGCACACACCAUCCGUUCACAACACAUCUCAUGGGAAGUAUCCACCACCUCUAAUACCAGUCAAUGGUAGCAGUAGCAGCAGCAACAGCACCGGUACUACUAACAAUAACAGUGCGAGGGAUUCCCGCGGGAGGAAACCUUUAAUACCAAUAGCGGAGUCACAUUCAUCAUCUUCUUGUCACGUGCAACCAUAUCAAAUUCAGAAAGCACUGGUAGAGGAAAAGAUGGUACCGUGUAUCAACUUUAAACCUUACAUUUACACCGAGUUAUUGAUGACGCUUCCCGACUUUGUUUCAAACUUUUUUCCUGCCUGUGACAUCGAGAGCUGUAGACAAGUUCUUACGGAUGUUCUACAUAUAGACUUGUAUCAAGGAAAUAGACAGCAAAUGAAGAUGUUAAUGGAAGCAGGAAAGUGUUCCUCGCCAAACGAGGAACUACCUUUGAUUCAAGUUAGAAGUGUAAUGAAAUACAUGCCACAAUUCAAAUAUAUGUUUGACAGAGGAAAUAUGGUUAUGCCUUCCCCAGCUCAUUCGUCCGAAGAGCAUGCCAAAAAGCGCCAACGCACCAGCUAGGAUUGGCUACAGCCUUAUUGGCCUACUUACGAUUAUUAUCAUUCGGCAAUGUAAAUAAGCCGAUAACAGUUUGUGUACGCAUUGCUGGAAUCGUUCUCACGAUAGGUACGCAUGUAUUUGAAGAAGAGACUGUAUUUCGUGUAUUCACCGUGUAUGUGGUGCGGAAUAUGACUAUAUGAUAAGUCAAGUUUGUGAAAAGUGAUUCAGUGGUUAUUAUUUCUUUCUCUAAGAUAAAAACAAACGUUUGACGAGUAAACGACUAGUGUGAAUAAAAAAAAAGCGAUAUAAUAAUACGUCGAGACAAUUCAGAGAUCUGCGUUUAUGUAGAAUAUAUAUAUAUUUUUUUUCUAGACCUGUUACAAUGUGACAAAUAUUACAUUGUUACAGGGCAAGGAAAACCCCUUUAAGACAAAAAAAAGCACAUUCUUAUUUUCAAAUUAAAUAUAUGUUCUAUCAUUCCACACAUAAACACACAUAUUUACAAGCGCGCGUGCAACAUACAAGAGAAACUAAUAUACCUUAUUUUAUUUCUCUACCUCUGUAUACAAGAACAAAAUAGGAACAUUUAUUUAAAUUCUUGUAAAAGUAAAAUAAAACUUUACUUCACACUAUAGGUUAGGGUUAACGUCGCGUCAUCGUCAUGUCAACGCGCACUAUCAAAUUUUUUCACAUGAGCUUUAAACAAUGACUUGUUUGUAAUAAUACAGUGUGUUGCCUCUAUAAUACGUUAAAAAAUAUUUUGACGCAACGUUGCCAUGACAUUUUUAGUGUGAAUCUAGCUCAAAAAUUCUCUUUUCGGUACCAUCAGCGGUCACUCUUGCGAACAACUUUUACUUAAUACAAAAGGCGCUUCUUAAUUACUCGUAAAAAAAACUUAUAAAAAGAAAGCUAAAAAAAAGUGAGUGUGACAAAGCGAUGUUCAUAUUAAGUCGUAAAAAAAAAAAAAACGACCGAAAAGAGCUGCGUCCCGUUGUUAUUGCCAGUAUGAUAAUAACGUGAAAAUAAAAAUCUAUAGUUCACGUAAUAUGUAUUACAGAUGUUCAGUACUGUCAGUGAUAACGUAGCGCAGCAAAGAUCUGUAUCUAACGAUGGACGAUGGAUAGACGAUAGGCCAUUUUCGUACAGAAAAUUUUGGUCACUUUUGCGGGCUUCAUUGUAAAACCAAUUGAACUAAAUCUCUCGGUAAUAUUAAUAAUCAGACCAAUUACGGACAAUGUUAAGUCCGUAUUACACUACAGGUUGCGGAUAUUCCGAAUUGCUGUUUGACCAUUCCAGAGCGAUCUGGUCAGUAAGCUGCUUCGCUCCGGUUGGUUGAUCCGCAACCAUUAAUUGUAAUCUUGAGCCGACGGCUUCUAGUCACUUGUAAUGUAAUACGGGCUUUGGUUUACAGAUAAACACAAAAUAAAAUGAAUGUUAUUCUUUCAAAUUCUAUAUUUUAUAAUAUUUUUGUUACGUAUGUCAAUAUCUUGUGUACGUGAGAUAAAAAAGUUCUGGCUAAAAAAAAUUUGGAAGGAAAAAUGAUGUGUCUAUCAUUCAAUUAAUAAGCGAGCAUAAGGGUGUGCUGUAUAAAGUUAUUCAGAUCGAAUAACUUAUUUUGCAUCUUACAUGCGAAAAUACAAAGUAAGAAAAAGUUGAAAAAUGGAAGUAAUGGCCGCGGGACCGAGCGCUUAAAUAAGCGUUUUAUAAUGAUUGCUUUGUCAUUGGCAUGUAUUUUUACAUCUGUAAUAGAUCUGCAACAGAUCUAGGAGGCCAAUUGCAGACAAUAAGCACAAAACGCUUACUAAGCACUGAGUUCUGCUAAACGCGGCCAAUGCUUCUUCAAGUUCCUAGAUAUUAUUACUAGUAUAUAUAUCAUAAUAUUUAACAGCAAGGUGAGAUGCAAGAAUGAGAUGUAAGAACGAGAUGUAAUUACUUUGUUAUGGAAGAAUGUUCAUAAUGUUUAGAAUAUAUUUAAUACCCAAAACGAUUCUAGUUUUCAGUUGCUUAAUAAAUAUACAUUGCAGUGUGCAGGUGUGUGGAGAACGUUAUUAAAUAGAAUAACAGAAUGAGAAAAUUGUCUAUUUAAUAUGAAAAGAUUGCAGUAAGCAACAUCUUGUCUAUCACAUCUGCACAGAAUGAUUAUAAUGUACCAAUAUUGAUUUAACAAACUUGAUAAUUUAUAGUACAUCUAUCUACUAAUCUAAUAAAAAAUUAAUAUUUUUAAUUGGCAGAAGAUAAGUGGACAAAAUCUAUAUUAGUUGAUAUUGUUGUCAAGUAAAAUUAAUACCAGUUAAUAUUAGUUCCUCCUGCGUUGGUAUUUCAGUGUUAAUACUUUUUUUUGCCAGCAAUUCUUUUUAGUAUUACUGGCUAUAUUUUUAUUAUUGGUGUUAGCUAUCUAAACUUUUGCUUUAAAAAACACCUAUUAUAAUCCACCCAAGACCAGUUUUGUUUUGUAUGCUAAAAUUUGUUAUGUAUGUAUUUCUUAAGUAUUUUUAAUAAGUUUAGCAUUUUAUUUUGUAUGCAAUAAUUUCUGCACAAUAUGUCUAUUAAGUAUAUCUAAUGAUAGAGUUAGCGUGAAAAGUUGCUGAAAGUGUGAAGAAAAAAUGCGCGAAAUUGAGAUAAAAAUUAUAGAAAAAAAGACA